UUAAAGGAUAAUUAAAGUAUCAUUUUUAGACAACAAUCUAAAUUAAUGUAAUAGCUGAUUAAUUGUUCCACCAUUUCGAAAUUGUUUAUUUUUUGCUCCAUUCUAAAUGUGAUCAUCUUAAAUUGAGUUUUGUUUUUGUUUCGUUCUUGAUUUGGUAAACAUGAUGGAAAAUCAAUCAACGGAUUUGUUAGAAUGUCGGAUUUGUUUACAAUCAGAUAAUUCAAAGAAUUUAAUUAUUCCUUGUGAAUGUAAGGGAAGCCAAAAAUAUUCUCAUAAAAUUUGUCUCAAACAAUGGAUGGAUAUUAAACACUCGGAUAAAUGUGGAGUAUGUAAACAACCCUAUUCAGGUAUUUUCUUUACACGGAAACCUGAUCACUUUUUCCACUAUUUAAUUGACAAUGAAGGAGCUCUAAUUGAGGUAUCACAAGGAUUACGAAUCAUUCUACUUUUAUGGACAACAUUUUACGCUCUUCUAUUUGGCUUUUUACUAUUUGGUGCUUUAAUUGCCUUGAGAAAUGGUUUCAGAAUUUGGUCAUCAACUCAUUUCAUCAUGGAGAUGAUUCAAGAUGACGAUGAUAAUAAUAGUAGUAAUAAUAAUUCGUCUUCCGGUCAAAAACAGCAAGAAAAAAUUAGCCCACCAGUUGAUCUUGAUACAGAUAAAACUCUUCCCGUUGAUCCAGUUAGUGUUGAGAAAUUACCGCCAUAAAUUGUUACCACAGGCAAAGAAUUGAAUCAAAAUGCUCAAUAUCAUUUCAUUUAUAUUAUUAUUAUUCUUGUUGUUGUUGUUGUUGUUGUUUAACUAAUUGUAAAGAAAAUUGUUUCUCUUUUUAAAGUCAAUUAACUCAUACAUUGUAUAUAAUUUAUUGUUAUUAUAUUCUCGAUGUUCAAUUUAUA